UUUACAUUGAAACUCAGUGUUUGUGACAAAUAUUUCACUGUAUCGUCGAUUGGACUCAUAUUUGCAAUCGAGUGAUACAUUUGGUUUGUCUCGCGAUUAAAACUCAAUGUAUUUGUGACUCAUAUUCACUGAUUAAUUGUUAAUAAUGUUUAAUAGAUGUUUAAUAUAGAGAUGUUUGUUAUUAAUAUAUACGCGAAUACCGAUAGCAAUGUAUACUAAUAAGUCAUUUGACAAGCAAAAUGAAACUGUUGGUGUGAGACAGGUCCCAGAUCACAUUGCUGAUAUCAACCAUAAGUCAGACAAUAUAUCAGAACUCAAUGGUCGGCCAACCUGUGAGUCGUCGGGAGUCAAGGUUUUAACGCCUUUUGUGGGCAACGGAUGCGCUAAGAGUGAAGGCAAUUGUGACACUUUGAGUGCAAUGGUUUCCACAUCUUUUAUGGGCAACGGAUGCGCUGCCAAUGGAGACACCAGUGAAGUAAACGGCGAGACUUCAGGCGAAAUGGUUACCAAACAUUUGGUGACCAAUGGGUGCGAUCACAGUGACGAUAGCUUUGGGUCCUCGGGAGCAAAGGUUACGACGCCUUUUGUGGGAAACGGAUGCGACAACAGUGAAGAUACCCCUGAAGACAACUGCGAGUCUUCGAGAACAAAAAUUUCGACACAUCUGGUGACCAACGGAUGCGAUACCAAUGGAGACGGAGAGGACACCACUGAUUCGUCUGCAGCAGAGGCUUUGACACCAUUUGUGGGCAACGGAUUCGCUAUCAAUGAAGACGACUACGAAUCUUCAGGAGAAAAGGAUUCAACGCCUUUGUUGGUCAAUGGAAGCGAUCGCAACGACGACACCCCUCAACACCACUGCGCGUCUUCGGAAGCAGAGGCUUCAACACCAGUGGUGACCAACGGAUGCGUUAUAAAUGAAAAUAUAUCCGAAGAAAACUGCGAUCCUUUGGAAGAAAAGAUUUCGCCUCCUUUUGUAGGCAACGGAUGUCAUACCAAUGAUAACAGUGAAGAUACCACUGACCCUUCGGGAGCAAUAGUUUCGCCAUCUUUAGUGAUCAACGGAUGCCCAACCAGUGAAGACACCUGUGAUUCUCGGGGAACAACGGUUCCGACUCCUGUCUUGCGGAACGGCUGCGCCUCACCUGUAAUAUGUGAAGAAACGAGUGGAACUCCUAAAACACUUCCAAAUGGAUUGAAUGGUGUAAUUAAAAAUCACAACAACUCUAUUGAUAGUCAUGUCUGUCCGGACACCUCCUCCUUGCCAUCGAUGGAACCUAUGUCUCAGUCAUUGCCAUUCCCACAACUCUCAGGAGAGACCGUUAUGUUCAAUGGGACGACCACUGAUGGCAACCUAAUUGUCACUAAUUAUCGUCUAUUUGUGUCAUAUCUGAACCCUAAAGACAGACUUCCCAUAAGUUUGCCGAUCGGAACGAUAGAGACAAUCGAGUUGAGAGAUCUCUUCUAUUUAUACAUCUAUACAAAACACGUCCGAUCCUUCAUUAUCUCAUUCGCGUCGGGAGACGACUGUACCCUUUGGUACAAACGGCUCAUCGAUGUCUGCACACUGCAGUCUAAACUCGAGAAUCUAUUCUGUUUUAAGUACUUCGACGGAUCCAAAGCGGAUCACACGUCUGAUGUGUUGGUUGACCACAAAAACAACACCUGUUCCGAGACUCUCUCCGAAGAAUUGACGCGAAUGUCUUUCGAUGACAAUGUUUGGAGAAUAAGUGAUAUAAACAAAGAAUUCAAGUUAUGUUCGUCUUAUCCGCGAAAUCUAGUUGUGCCUCAAAGUGUAAGCGACAGUGAUUUGGAAGCUGUGGCUAACUUUCGCUACUCUCGAAGAAUUCCGACCGUUGUUUGGAGACAUCGUAAGAACGGAUGUGUUAUCGCCCGCAGCAGUCAGCCGGAAGUGGGUUGGCUCGGGUGGCGUAACAAUCACGACGAGCUCCUCCUCCACGCCAUCGUCAAGUCCUGCAGUUCUAGUGAUACGCCCGAUAAGAAGCUACUGAUUCUUGACGCUCGCAGUUAUACCGCAGCCGUCGCUAAUAGAGCCAAAGGCGGUGGCUGUGAGUGCCCUGAAUACUACCUGAGCUGCGAAGUCCAGUUCAUGAGUUUGGCUAACAUUCACAGCAUCCGUAAAAGCUUUCACUCUCUCCGUUAUAUCUGUGAGUCACCGGCGGAUCAGUUCAAUUGGCUAACCCUUCUGGACAACACUAAAUGGUUGCACAACAUAUCGGUACUCAUGAAGUCAGCAAUAAUUGUGGUCAACGCUAUUGAUGUGGAGGAGAGACCCGUUUUAGUGCACUGUUCCGACGGUUGGGACCGAACGCCUCAAAUCGUGGCUUUGGCUGAACUAAUGUUGGAUCCCUUCUACCGAUCGAUCGACGGCUUCAAAGUGCUCAUCGAAAGGGAAUGGAUUCAAUUCGGACACAAAUUCGCCGACCGGUGCGGUAACGGAGCCUUUUCUGACGAUAUCAACGAGAGGUGUCCUGUGUUUCUCCAAUGGCUCGACUGUGUUCACCAAUUAGUCCGACAAUUCCCCUCUAGUUUUGAAUUCAACAUUAAUUUCCUGAUUACACUCAUUCAACACACAUAUUCAUCAAUGUUUGGGACUUUUAUCUGCAAUAAUAUGCGGGAAAGAGAUGACCACCAAAUCAAUGAACUCACGUAUUCUGUUUGGUCUUACUUUCAUAACAGACGACAACAUUAUGUUAACUAUAUAUAUGAGCCCAAAGACCAGGUAUUGAGGCCGUCGUGCAAAGCCAAAGACAUUAUAUUCUGGAGUGAUGUCUACUCAGUAGACUGACUGUCCCCCACAUAUGCCCCGGGCAUUGAUGGCGUAUUCGAUGCGCGCACACCAGUUAUAAACUCAAAUUAAUUUACAGAUAAAUUAUAAAUAAAGACUUACUUUUUUAAUUUAAUUUUUCUAAUCUAUAUUUUUUAAUACACUUAUUACUAAUAAGUUAUUACCUAAUAAUAUACAGUAUAUACGCUUUAAUUGAAUGAAUAAAGUAAGCAUAAAUAGGUUUGCAAAACAUA